GUUGUCCUCGUCGUUGAGCCGCCGGCGGGCUCGCUUCGGCGCCGCAGCGAACCGGCAGGUGCGGACGUCGGCCGGAGCUCAGUCGGCUUUCGAAGCUCGACGGGAGCAGGGAGCGGCGCGUGCCGAGUCUGCGUCUGUUUGUCAUCUGAGAAGAAUCGGCUCGAGAACAAAGAGGACAAAAGGAACGAGAUGCCGUUUCCAAGCUUCCGAAGCGAUUUCGGGGUCCGAUAGCGUGAGCCGAUCGGUUGCUGACACUCGAGUCGGGUCGGUCCAAAGUGCACUCGGUCCGUCUUGACGACAGACAGGCAGCCAAAGUCCUCGCGUGUGCACUUGGGACUCGAAAGGUUGUGUCGAUGUUGACCUGACGCCUGCCUGCGCCUUUUCCCUCUGCGUCGCCGAAGCGGAAGAACCUUUUUCGACCAUUUCUUCGGGAUCCUCGCGACUCCGCACGAGACUUCCCGGAAGGCCGCCGGCCGUCGUCCCGCCAUGACCCGGGCGCUCCCGCUCCCGCGGCUGCUGCUGCUGCUGCUGCUGCCGGCGCUGCUGCCGGCCCGCUCCGAACCCGAUCGCUGCUUCUCCAGGCAGCACCCGAACGCCGUCGUCAACGCCAGGGCGGCGCUCGCCGGCGCCGGCGCCGGGGCCGGCGUCGCCGUCAGCGCCCGGGCCCUGGCGUCCGAGCGGGACUGCGUGCUGGCCUGCUGCUCCCAGCCGGGGCGGCCAGGCGCCCAGUGCGACGUGGCCGUGUUCGACGGCAACAAGCGCGGCGGCGAGGACAACUGCUUCCUGUACCGCUGCCCGGGCCGGCGCGACUGCCCGCUGGCGGAGGCGCCGCCGGGCGUGAGCACCUAUGACAUCUUCAAAGGUGCGAACCACCCGAGUCCUCUCCGUCCCGUUGGCACGACGACCGUCGCCAUGACGACUGGCGUCGGCGCCGCCCCCGUUCCGGGAACCGCCGCGACAGACGCCGCGGCCGCCGGGACCAGCGAGAAGACCGGCAAAAAACUCGACAAGACAAAAACCACCAGAAAGACAAAAAGUCAUCCGGCCAAUGAGGAGGCGGGGUCUCGGACAGCUGACAAACGGCCCACAAGUGCUCCACCUGCGACUCCUCCUCCUACCACGACUGCGCCCGUUACCGUCACCAUGACUCCGCCCCCUACGACCAUCACUUUGCCCCCUAUGACCGUGACUCCUCCCGCAACCAUCGCGACUCCUCCCACUAUAAAAUCCACUCCGCCUCCUCCGACCGUGACUCCUCCCACAACUCAGACUCCCCUUGCUCCUGCCACCACGACUCCUCCUACCACAACCCAAACUCCGCCUCCUCCAAGCACAACUUCUACGACGACUGCCGUGACUCCUCCUACCACCCCUGUGGCUCCACCUCCUACCACGGCGACCCCGCCUCCUGCAACUUUGACCACGCCCACUCCAUUGACUUCCAGCAGUAGGCGGAGUCAGAUGUCCGACGUGCUCGUCGGUCCCCACGGCGACGCCGUCCAGAACGGCAGCGUCAAAACGGCGUCGGGGGCGGGGCCUUCGAAAAGCGGCGCGGCGGUGUUCCUGGCGGUGGGCGUGGCCGUGCUGCUGCUGGCCUUGGCGGUGGGCGGGCGCAAGGCCAUGGAGUCCUUCGACAGGCGCCAUUACACCAGGCUGGAGCUCAACGACCUCCACUACGACCUGUGAACCGGCGACGGCGCGCCGCGAUUGGCCGGCGAACGCCUCGGCCCGUCUCGAUUGACGGCAACCGACGACGGCGGGACGUGUCGCUAUCACGUGACCGUAGCGAGUUGGUCUCUGGUGGCCAAUGGGGAGACAUGUUGACGUGAGUCAUGAGUAUUUGCGAUGUGUCCAAACUCAGGAAGAUGACAUUUCUGGGGCCUGCUGCGGCGCAAACUGGCAUUCCGGAUUACGAUGGCUCAUACUUAUAUCUAAUUCCCGUCCCCAAAGUACAGCUCGCACCGUUUCACAGAGCCGCACAAAUGAGGACCCAAAAGACUUUGAUCAGAAUUUUAUUUUUUUUUGGUAUGAAUUCCGUGCUACCGUGGCGACAUAUAAUCAUCCCGAAACGACGCAUGAACUCCCAUUGAGAAUGAAUGGGCCGCCGUCCAGAUUUGACAAACUGUACUUUUCUUGACCAAAUUAGACCCUUCCAUCAAUCAGUUCAGCUCAUUCGCAUUCCAAAAUUGUUUCCGUUCUUCAGAACAAAAGACCCAAAUUCCGAUUUUUCUUUUGCCUUCUGUACGCAUUUAAAGACUUUCUUUUUCAUUGAGAACAAAGGUUUGAAUAGUUCUCCAAGUCAAGUGUUGACAAAUGCACUUUUUAGACUUUUUGGAAAAUUUCCGCACGACUUUUGCAGUGGAGUUAAUAAUACUGUAAUAAUAACCGUACUGGUCUGUCAUUUCAUCA